CUCUGCCAUUGUGACCGCCGAACCUCCCAGGUGCCGGUCGCUGAGCGCGCCUCUGAUCGUCGAUUUCGUCGGUCCCGUCGGUCCAGGCGAUAGCCGACGGCCGGUCGCCAGUCGGUUGGUGGCUUCGCGAAGGACCGCACGUGAAAAGGUACACGCUGUACUUUUACUUUCUAGAUAUUGAUUCUCGGACUAUCGUGGCACGGUGAGGGCGCUAGAGCUAGUGACAUUGGCUUCGAUGGCCGUUUUGAGUGCAAGAGGCUGACUUCUAAUUGGAAAAGUGGCGUGCUACCAGGAAUUUCGCCAUCGGCUUCGGCAGUCGAGUUUGGACGAGUUCUGGUUUCCUGCCGGCCAGCUGCGGCUCGCGCCGGCCGUUCUCGUAACCACCACGGCGUUGGCAGCCCAUCCUCCACGUGGUGACGUCACGGGGGCUAGCACCUGUGACGUCAUCACGGCCACAAUGGCGGUGGAGACGUCUCCACAAGACGGAGCCCCUCGCGCAGCUCCGCUGGAUUUCGAUCCCAGCACUCUGACGCACGCCUAUCGGCGACAGACAGCAGUUGAAGUUCCUGAUGUUGCCGCUGAGCGGCGCUCUAUGCCACCCAUUACCCGAUCCAAUAUGGCGGCGCGGCGCGAUCUGCAGCGGUUGAUUCGAGCGGAUGCGGAGUGCGGCCGGCAGAGACCGCCGACCCCGGCGAGACCCAGCCUGCCGCAGCUGGACACGUCAGUUCGUGGACGUGCUGGAAGUCCAACCAGACGGGGAAGCAGGUCCAGGUCUGAGCCGCGGCCGACCGGACAGCAGGAGGAAGACGACUUUGAUCAGGUCACUGACCUGCUGGACUGCAGCGUUCGUAGCGACGGCGGCGGCUGGCGUUCAAUUCGCGCGCGCGGUCUAAUGACGUCAACUGGUGACGAGAGUCCGUCGGCGGCCUCAGCGGGCGUUACACUGCCACCUAUCGGCAGUUCGGGGAAACAAACUCCCGUGCAGCGCAUGAACCGUCAGGAGACUCAGAAGCUGCUGGCGCAGGCGAAAGUCAACCUUCAGGCCAUGGAAACGGUCUAAUGUUGUCAUGUUUCCUUUCGGCCCAAUUCUUAAGCUUGACGCUGGCAGAUGAGAUGUCCUCGACAAAAUCCUGUCGAAGUGACGUGCUAUCAUCUGGACUGUGAUAUGACAUCACUCGAAGGUGGUGAAUGCUCCAAGACAUCGCAUACGUGUGAAGAGGGCGAAUAGCAACGACUUCAAGAUGUCAGAAUAAUGGUGACAAUCGCUGACUGUUGAUAACUUUGUGCUUCUGAGAGUUGUGCUGUGACGUCAAUGAAAUGGUAGUGACGUCACUGGUAUGGUGACGAUCUUCAAACCACAAAACGGCAAAAAGUAACAUGUAUUUCGUUAUUACGUAAUUGUGUGUAGCCUGAAGAGUGAAAACUGUUGUCGAUGUUCUCAAGACGGAGAACGCUCAUGCUAUCACAACUUCAGUGUUAAUCAAUCUUUGCUUCUGUUUAUAUGCACUUUCCAUACGAUCUGUAUUUACCUUUCGUGUUAAAUUUGCAAAGCCUGAGUGCCGUUAAGUGUGAUUGCGAUACUGACGGCCGCGACAUGCCUGCUCUUUGUCCGAGUAUGCAUCUGUAUUCCUCUGGUGUGGAGAGGGCCCUGUGAAAAUGACACCGCUGCGACUCCUGGUGUGUUAUGUGGAUUGUACAUAAAGUGAUUAAACAAUCAGCUCUGUCGCUAUCUUGUCUUAUUCGUGACUUUUGUAAGCUCGGCCCAUAGGUUUGCCGUGGACGGUUCAAGAGAAUUGAGGAUUAUAGUCAAGAUACCAAAUAAGAGUGAGGUGUAACGAAUACUUUGAUGAAUAAACGAGUGCUGAAAUA